GCACUCAAGCCCUGCCCAUCAGCACAACCACCACCACCACCGCCUGGCCGUAACGUCACACGCUCGCCUCCUUCCAUGGCGCCCAGGAACGCUCUCCCCGCCGCCAGCGCCGUGGCCAACGGCAUGGUGAUGGAGCCGAGGUUCCGCGGCGUCCGGAAGCGCCCGUGGGGCAGGUUCGCGGCGGAGAUCCGGGACCCGGCCAGGAAGGCGCGCGUGUGGCUCGGCACCUUCGACACCGCCGAGGCCGCGGCGCGCGCCUACGACGCCGCCGCGCUCCACUUCCGCGGGCCCAAGGCCAAGACCAACUUCCCCGUCGCGUUCGCCGCGCUUCCGCCGCCGCCGCCGCCCAAGAAGCCGGCCGCCGUGACCGUGAGCCCCAGCAGCAGCAGCACCGUGGAGUCCUCCUCCUCCUCCUCCCGGGACUCGCCCGCCACGCCGCCCAGGCCCGCGUCUCCGUCCCAGCAGGCCCCGUCGCUCGACCUCAGCCUAGGCGGCACACCGGCCAUGGUGGCCGCCCAGCCGUUCCUCUUCCUGGACCCGAGGCUCGCGGUGACCGUGGCCGUGCCGGCGCCCGUGCCCUACCGGCCGACCGCGGUCGCCGCCGGUGCCAACAAGCAUGCUGCGGCAUCCUGCCGUGAAGAGGAGCAGAGCGACACCGGGUCGUCGUCAUCCGUGGUGGACGCCUCCCCAGCGGUCGGCGUGGGGUUCGACCUCAACAUGCCGCCGCCGGCCGAGGUGGCGUAGGUGGACCGACCGCCGCAGCGCCCGGUGACACGAGACGAGACGGCUCCGAGAGGUCGCGUAGAUGAUUAGAAACAAGCUGUAUUAGUACGAGGUUGGGUUCAAUUUGCCGCGAUGGGUUACUGCUAGCCAGGUGUACAUAGACCUUUUUGCAUCGGCAGCUAAUACCUAUUUGCCGAUGUUACAAAAAAAAAAGAGCGAAACGUUUUGUAGUUCGUUGUAAUAUGUAACAUAUUAACCGCUAAUUAACCAGAGAUCGACUGUCUUGUGCUUA